UAUUGUUAAACUAACGAUUUUGAAAUUAGACAAACACUAUGAUAAGCGCAGAUUUGUCAUUACCAAAACCAAGGCAACCAGCGUUCUAGCGGUUCUAGCAGACGUUUUUCGACGAGUGGAACGAUGCACGUUCGCGAGCGAUUACCGGUGACAGAUUAUCGUUGAUGAGAAAACUUUACCCAAAUGAUAGGAGACUCCUGAGCACCCUUUGCAAGCACGCGGUGUUGAACAUCAGCGAUGUCUAGAAUAUCGAAGUUUCUGCCUGGAGACCUCAGGUUGGUACUAAGGGGUGCCGAGAAGGUCAUCAGGGCUCUGCGAGAGCAGCAAAGCGAGGAAUUCAAGAGUGCAUGGAACAAUUCAAGCAUCAAGGAAGUGGCGACCAAAAUCGCAAGGAGCGCUGAAGAUGCUGUUAGCACUGGAGUUGCUCAUCCUGAACAAACAGUAAAAGAUGCUGCACGCAGCGUCGCCGAAACAUACGAGCGUCUCUCCAUGAUCCCCGAGGGCAUCAAGCAAUUUACAGUCUCUUCUCUCCAAUAUGCACGCCAACAUACUCAAGAGGCUCCUCCAUCAUAUGGUUCUCAUCCAAUAGAAAUCCAUCGUGAAGAACACACCAAUUCUAGCACUAACACAUCUUACAAUUAUGAUACUCCGAUUCAAGCAAAACCCGACGUAGUUGAAACCAGCAAAGCAGCAUCACAAGCUCAAAGAGCGGUACCAGUGGCCAGUACUGUUGAAGAAAACAGCUCUACAGUAGUAAAUCCCUCCAUAAUAGAAGCAGAGCGCAUGGUUGAUUGCACGGAGCUGCAAGAUCCGAUAGAAAGCUUCCGUCGGGAUGACAUUGCUGACGUUCCAGUGAAUGUCGAAAUGGCGAAUGGAUUGGGUGCAGCGUCGGUGACAGUGAGCGCAGCAAUGGCCAGUAGUCAGCAGCAAGCUGGAAAAAUAACCUCUCAGAAAAAAGUGGUUCCCAAACACAUGCUCACAGGACAGUCAAAAGCAACGAAGGUUCCUGCAUCUCGCGUUGGGAGGCUUAUGUCAUAUGGAAGCCUGGCAGCUGGACUGGGACUUGGGGCACUGGCUGAAGUGACCAGACGGACCCUUGGACUCAAGGACAGCACAAGCAACAGCGGGGCUGUCCUGGGAUCUAGCCCGUUCCUAACUGAGGCAAAUGCUAAUCGCAUUGUUGAGACACUGUGUAAAGUACGAGGCGCCGCACUUAAGCUGGGUCAGAUACUCAGCAUUCAAGAUAAUACUUUGAUAAGUCCACAGAUGCAAUCUAUCUUUGAGCGUGUCAGGCACUCUGCAGACUUCAUGCCAGACUGGCAGAUGGAGAGGGUCUUAAUAAGAGAGUUUGGCGAAGACUGGGCUCAAAAGUUCUCCUCAUUUGAACGGAAGCCCUUUGCAGCAGCCUCAAUCGGACAGGUUCACCAAGCAACACUGCACAAUGGCCAGCAAGCUGCUGUCAAGAUCCAGUACCCCGGUGUCGCCGAAGGCAUCAACAGCGACAUUGACAACCUCAUGGCUAUCUUGAAGUAUUGGGAUAUGCUACCAAAGGGUAUGUACAUCGACAACGUGGUCGCGGUGGCGCGACGUGAGCUCCGCUGGGAGGUCGACUACGUCAGGGAAGCCGAAUGCGGUCGGCGUUUCAAGAAGCUGGUCGAACCAUAUCCCGAGUAUUAUGUGCCGGAAGUCUUCGAAGAUCUUUCGUCCAAGUACGUCCUUUCCACCGAGCUGAUCGCUGGAACGCCCGUCGAUAAACUUGUUGAUGCACCGCAAGAACUUCGGAAUAGGGUUUGCUACUUAUUACUAAAACUUUGCCUUCUGGAGUUAUACGACUUCAACUACAUGCAGACGGAUCCCAACUGGUCUAAUUUUUUCUACAACGAAGAAAUAGAGAAGGUAAUGCUUCUGGAUUUUGGUGCCUGUCGCGAGUACGACAAAACGUUCGUCGACAAGUACAUGAAGGUCAUCAAAGGUGCAGCAGAUCGAGAUCGAGAGAAGGUCCUGCAUUAUUCCAAAGAACUUGGAUUCCUAACCGGAUACGAAGCCAAAGUCAUGGAAGAGGCCCACAUUGAUGCUGUGAUGAUUCUCGGUGAAGCCUUCUCUGUAGAUGGAGGGUUCAACUUUGGCACGCAAAACACGACGCGCCGCAUUCAGAACCUGGUUCCAGUCAUGCUCCAGCAUCGGCUAACCCCGCCGCCAGAAGAGACCUAUUCCCUGCACCGCAAGCUUUCGGGAAUCUUCCUUCUGUGCAGCAAGCUCAGAGCAAACAUCAACUGCAAGGAGCUGUUUGACGACACUUACGCCAGAUAUAAGUUCAGCAGCUAGAGACAGAUGUUCGUAAGGCGUGGGGGGGUUCUGCGACACGAAUGGAUAGCAGACGUGAAGGGGCGAAUGCCCAUGUGGGCAUCGUGUGAUGAUUGUAUAGUACGUUAAGUAGCCUAAUUGUAGACAAAUGUAAAUGGUGAUAAAGUGCCUCUCUUUUUUAAGAAAGGAACAUGUUAAUUAAAAGCACAGUACAAUGCAACUAAA